AUGACGGGCAAAGGUAGUUACCGCUCGCGGUUGGAGCGACGGCGUCAACUCUCGAAGGCAGCGAAGCAUCACCAAAAUUACGACAACAACAAACGGCCACCUCCAACAGAACUUCGUACUGUCAAACGUGGUCGCAGAGUGAAAGAGGAAAAGCUGGUAAAAGACUGUAGACUGGAGAGGCUUGCCGAUUCUGUUCUUCACGUGAAUCACCUCAGUUCUGAUGAGCUUCAAUGCUUCGAGAAAACCAAGCGCUCACAAAAGAUCCAAGACUUGCGUUGA